AUGACUGAACAAUUGUCAGAUAAGUACAAAAUUCCUGAAACUCUUCGUCCAUUGCUAGAAGCAUUAGCAAGAGAAACAAUUCGUGCUCAACCAACUGAUGUUGUUUCUUUUGGAAAAUUAUUUUUUGAUAUUUUAUCUCUUCAUCAACAAGAUAGUGAUAAAAGUAUUCUUACUGACAAUAUCUCAUAUGAUAUGUUUCGUAUGGAUCUCCAACAUCGUUAUAAAAAUAUGACAAUGAAAGAAAAUAUGAUUCGUUCUGCAUCACCAGAAGAUGUUGCUGCAACUAAAAUUCAAGCAGCUUUUCGUGGGCAUCAAGUUAGAAUGCAUCCAGAAAAGUAUGGUGUUGAUGCUGAAUUGAUUAGACGUAGAUCGUCUGACAAAUUAGCAAGUUUGGAUUUUAAGAAAGAUCAAAAGCGACAUUCUAUUGGAGGUUAUUCAUUGGAACAUUCGCAAACUCCAGAAGAUCGUGCUGCAACCAAAAUUCAGGCAGAAUUUAGAGGAUAUAUUACAAGAAAAAAUAUUCAAGCUAUGCGUGAACAAAAUGAUAAUGCUGCUACAAAAAUUCAAGCUCAUGUUAGAGGCUUCCUUACACGUAAGAGACUUGGAAAAGAAGGUCUUAUCAGUCCAUCUCGUUCUCAUUCCAGUCUCCAAUCUCAUAAAAGCGAAGAAAUCUAA